AUGGUGUUCGCGGUGCCGUCCGAGGGGGAUAGCUUGGACUAUCGUGGCGGGGUGUUCCGUUGCUGCGUGCCCUGGUGCGGGGCGCGCGCGGCGGCGCCCGUUGACGAGGCCGACUAUGCCCUGAGGGAGGGCAGCCCGCAGCUCUCCCACGAGGAAUACGUUAUCCCCGAACCCGUGAUCAGCUCGCCGCGCCCUAUAGGCCAACAGUCCCCCUUGCCCGGAAUAGAGGAGGAGGACGAUUCCGACUGGCCCCUGGAGGACGCUACCGACGCAACACUAACCCCCUCGUAUAAAAGCACCAGAAGUAGCACGGACACCGCCUACACGUCGUCGCGUAGCUCGGGAAAAAAGCGCAGCCUCGGUAGCCCGUCGUCGGUGAAGAUAUGCGUUUCUGCAGCGGCCAGGAAAUCCAAUAAGGCACGAAAGCGUGGCUCCGGCGCGGUUGGGGGCCCAGGGCAAGGUGGCGACGAACCACCGCCACCACCGCAGCACGGCAAGAUGCAGGCCGAGCAGGGCAGCAUCGGCGAACUGCAGAAGUACCAUGGCCGCUACCUCAAGAGCCGCCGCCACACUCUCGCCAAUGUCCGG